AGAGAAUGAACACAGAAUGGCUCUACUGGAAGUCAUCUUUGCUGUUGGACUCCUGUUUGAAGUGGUCAACAGUCAAGAGAAGAUUUAUCGCAUCCUCCAACCUGAACAAGACGCCACCCUGCCCUGUGGCUCUCCAUCAUCCUCUGGACCUCUGCAGUGCUCUGAUAUUUCAUGGCUUUAUAACAGAGAUCCAUCAGAGACCGUUAUGGAGGCAAGCAGUGGGGAGGUGAAGCAGACGUCGUCCCGAGCUGACCGGCUGAGUUUGGACUCCAACUGUUCUUUGGUCAUUAAACGUGUCACUGCUGAGGAUGUUGGUCUCUACAUGUGUCGACGGGGUGAUUCUGAUCCUUACGAUGUAAAUGUGUAUCUCAGUCUAUUUACAGUCUUUCCGACUCUGACUCACUCUGAUCCAAGGAGCCCCAAUGAUCCCAGAUUAGAGUGUUCUCUGUUGAGAUACAGAGGUUUGAGUUCCUGUCAACCAAACAGUCUCCGCUGGGUGGAUGAGACAGGAGCUGUGAUUACUGACGGUGUUACAGAGAGUUCCAGAGAUGCAGACUGUUUCUCUGACCUGAAUGUGACGCAUCAGAUCAGCAACAACGGGAAAUUCAGCUGCCAGUCUGUUAACGAGGAGAACAAUGUGGAGAUACAGGCUGACUACACACCUUUCCAACCAGGAACUCGGUGUAAAAUGACAGCUAAAGCCGACAUCGUGCUGCUGGUGGACGUGUCCAGCAGUAUCUCCCCUGACGACUUCAGAACCAUCCUCCGCUUCAUCACUGACAUAGUUGGAAUGUUUGACAUCGGCCCUGACAGAGUUCAGAUCGGUCUGACUCAGUACAGUGAUGUGCCAAGGACCCAGUGGCACCUGAACGUCCACAGAACCAAGAAAUCCCUGCUGAAAGGAGUUAAUGACCUGCAGCACAUAGGAGGCGGCACCGAGACGGGACGAGCUCUGACACACAUCCUGGAGAAUGACUUCAAACCUGAGGUUGGGAUGCGAGAGGACUCACGAAAAAUUGUCAUCCUCUUUACGGAUGGAGAGUCCACGGACUUCGUUAUCAUGCCGUCACAACACCUGAGGGAUAAUGGCAUCGAGCUGUAUGCCAUCGGUGUGGAUGGUGCUGGUGCGAAAGAGUUGAAGUCCAUCGCCUCUGACCCACAUGACACUCACAUGUACCUCGUAAAAAACUUUGAUGAUCUGCUGGACAUCACCACCACUCUCACUGACAACGUGUGUGACAGCAUCAAGGGUCCAGGAACUCAGUGUAAGACGACUGCUAAAGCUGACAUCGUGCUGCUGGUGGACGAUUCCGGGAGUAUCUCCCCUGAAAACUUCAGAACCAUCCUCCACUUCAUCACUGACAUAGUUGGAAUGUUUGACAUCGGCCCUAACAGAGUUCAGAUCGGUCUGACUCAGUACAGUGAUGUGCCAAAGACCCAGUGGCACCUGAACGUCCACAGAACCAAGAAAUCCCUGCUGAAAGGAGUUAAUGACCUGCAGCACAUAGGAGGCGGCACCGAGACGGGACGAGCUCUGACACACAUCCUGGAGAAUGACUUCCAACCCAACGUUGGGAUGCGAGAGGACUCACAAAAAAUUGUCAUCCUCUUUACGGAUGGAGAGUCCACGGACUUCGUUAUCAUGCCGUCACAACACCUGAGAGAUAAUGGCAUCGAGCUGUACGCCAUCGGGAGACGCUGGAAAGGCUUAAACAAGGUGUGCUGA